AUGGAAGACGAACUGCUAGAUUUUCGUGAUUUUACACAAUUGGAAGCAUUUAAGUUUGACGAUGAAAAAGUAUCAACUGUCACCUCCAGAGAACAGCAAAAAACCGAGAAUUCCAUAGAAAAAUGUUUCGAUCGUUAUCUGCAGCUACGCUAUUUGGAUGGUCGAAGGAUAACGAAAUUCUAUCGGGAGCAACAUCAACGAUUUCUAGAAUGUAUGCUACAUCGUUUGCCACCGAAUUACGAGUGUUUGGACAGCAGCCGGCCGUGGUGUGUCUAUUGGAUUCUGCAGGCGGCCCAUGUACUAAAUUUUACAUUUUCCCCAGAAACAUUGGAACAUGUGGUGCAGUUUUUGGAAAAAUGCCGUCAUCCUCAGGGUGGAUUUGCCGGUGGACCCGGUCAAUAUCCACAUUUGGCACCAACAUAUGCCGCUGUCAACAGUUUGGCCAUGAUCGGUACACCGAGUGCAUUUCGCGCCAUUGACCGUGAUUCGUUGGAGAGAUUUUUAUUUUCAGUACGUGAGCCAGACGGCUCAUUUCGUCUGCACGUUGAUGGUGAAACUGAUGUGAGAGGUGCCUAUUGUGCCGUUUCAGUGGCUAAGCUAACAAAUAUGCCCGAAGAAACUAUAAAGAAAUUAUUUGAUAAGACUGGUGAUUGGAUUGCAAGUUGUCAAACGUAUGAAGGUGGUUUUGGUGGGGCGCCCGAUUUAGAAGCCCACGGGGGUUAUACAUUUUGUGGUAUUGCAGCAUUGGCCUUGCUCAAUGAGGGUCAUAAAUGUCAACAGGAACAAUUGUUGAAAUGGACUUUACAAAGACAAAUGGCCUAUGAGGGUGGUUUCCAGGGACGUACCAAUAAAUUGGUUGAUGGUUGUUAUUCAUUUUGGGUUGGAGCUACGAUACCCAUUACCCAGGCUAUUAUGAACAAUGAUGGCAAACCUUUGGCCAAGGCGCUAUUCGAUAUUGGUGCCCUGCAAGAGUAUAUUUUACUUUGUUGUCAAAAGACGAAUGGUGGUCUUAUAGAUAAACCGGGAAAACCCCAAGAUCUAUAUCACACCUGCUACACCCUUAGCGGUAUUGCCAUUGCUCAACAUUCUGAAUCCGCUGAAAUUCCUGCAGUCUUAGGCGACCCAGUCAAUGAACUACAACCCACACAUCCUCUCUUCAAUGUACCUCCAGAUGCUGUAGCGCAUACAACACAUUUCUAUGAGCAAUUAAAUAAAUUACGUUCCUUUGCCGAUUUCAAUAUUAAUGAUGAUGGGAAUAACAAUGACGACGUUGCGGAAGAUCCUGUUGAAGAAAUAUAA